AUGGGUUGUUUCGGAAGCAGUAAGAAGUCAAGCAAACGAUCGGAGACCAACAAAGGGAAAAACAAAGAUACUGUGAAAAAUUGGAAAAGCGUCGGUGGUACGAGCAUCGCUAAGAGCGAUAACAAGCGAGAUGAUCAGACUCAACCCAGCUCAGAUUCUACAAAAGUGAGUCCAUAUAGAGAUGUAAAAAUUGAAGGAGUUGUUAGGGAGGAUCAGUUAGCUCUAGACGUGAAGGAUUUGAAUUUAAAUGACCAAGCCACAGGGAAGAAAGCAAAGACUUUUACCUUUGAAGAACUUGAAGUUGCCACAGGAAACUUUAGAUCUGAUUGCUUUCUUGGCGAAGGAGGUUUCGGUAAAGUUUUCAAAGGAACUUUAGAGAAACAGAAUCAGGUUGUUGCAAUCAAGCAACUUGACCGUAAUGGGGCUCAAGGAAUCAGGGAGUUUGUGGUUGAGGUAUUGACGCUAAGUCUUGCUGACCAUCCAAAUCUUGUGAAACUUAUGGGGUUUUGUGCUGAAGGUGACCAGAGACUCUUGGUCUACGAGUACAUGCCUCGAGGAUCUCUUGAAGAUCAUCUACAUGAUCUCCCAUCUGGUAAAAAGCCACUUGAUUGGAACACUCGGAUGAAGAUAGCAGCUGGUGCAGCAAGAGGCCUAGAGUAUCUACACGAUAGAAUGAAGCCCCCUGUGAUCUACCGAGAUCUGAAAUGUUCGAAUAUCUUGCUUGGUGAAGACUACCACCCAAAACUAUCCGACUUUGGGUUGGCUAAAGUUGGACCAAGUGGUGAUAAAACGCAUGUAUCCACAAGGGUUAUGGGAACGUACGGAUACUGUGCUCCUGACUACGCUAUGACCGGUCAGCUCACAUUUAAAUCCGAUAUAUACAGUUUUGGAGUAGUCCUUCUGGAGAUUAUCACUGGAAGGAAAGCUAUUGAUAACACUAAACCGCGUAAAGAUCAGAAUUUGGUUGGAUGGGCACGGCCGUUGUUCAAAGACAGGAGGAACUUCCCGAAGAUGGUUGACCCAUUGCUUCAGGGACAGUACCCGGUUAGAGGACUGUACCAAGCACUUGCAAUAUCAGCAAUGUGCGUCCAAGAGCAGCCGAGCAUGAGGCCUGUUGUAUCUGAUGUAGUAUUGGCUCUCAACUUCUUAGCUUCUUCUAAAUAUGAUCCGAAUAGUCCUAGCAGCAGCAGCAGGAAGCACCUUUCUUUCCACAGAGAUAGUAGAGAUGAUGAUGAGAAAAGACCAGACCUUGUCAAGGAAACUGAAUCUGAAGGGUCUUCAUAG